CGAUAACUAUAUGCCAUACUUUGACAGUUUUGUUUUUCUUAAUUUAUUUUAUAGAUAGUAUUUUACGAAGAAAAUUAUUAAAAUGAAGCAAAAAAGGAAAUUUAGGCCAGCAAAAAUACCUCGUUACUUACCUGGCGAAGUAGCAGAUGCGUUUAAUAAAAAUGAUUUGGAUCAUUUUAAUAGACACCGUUAUAGGGUGUUCCGGGCAAGACCUCUUGUAGACUGUAGGCCACCAUUAAUGAAUCCUUUAAAUUACCUAAAUGGUAGAAAAAUGUUAACUGAUGCAAAUCGAUUAAGAGCCAUCGAUAUAGAAAACAAGGAAUUACUUAAAAAAAUUAAUACCAUUAAUCGACUCGGGGGCAAAGUGGACUCAUAUAACCCAAAUGCCUACAGACGAAUAAAUAAAUGGCCUGCCUACAAUAACACUAUGAAAUAUCUAGAAAAGAAAAAUUUAAAAUUGUACUUACAAAUUAAAAAUAAAGAGUCGAGCUAUGAUACGAAUAAAUUGAAGCAAGAGUGGGCCGACACCAUAAAAGUAAUGGAACACAUUUGCCGGUAUCCACUUGUAAUCGUUGGGAAGUCUACUUUGGAUGAAGAUUUAAUGCAGUCCCAGUCCAUAAGCCAUCUGCUUAAGUGUAAAAGGCCAGAGUUAAGACCCUAUGCUUUCAUGGACUUCAGUGUAAGAAACGGGAAAUUUCUCGGUAGAAUUAUUAUUGAAUUGUAUUAUGACCACGUACCGGUGACUGUUCAAAAUUUCCUAGAACUUUGUAAGGGAGACUCCCUUUCCUACAAAAACAAUUUGGUACACAGAAUUAUAUUAGGAGAAUAUAUGGAAUUGGGGGAUAUUACUCAUGGUAAUGGAAGAGGUGGAUUUUCCAUAUAUGGAAAGUCAUUUGACGAGGAAAAUCAUAAGUUACGACAUACUAAGGCAGGUGUCUUAUCUAUGAAAAGGGUUGGAUGGACUGAAAAUAACUCUCAGUUUUGUAUAACUUUUAAAAGAAUGGAGCGUUUAGAUCACAAAAAUGUUGUUUUUGGUUGUGUUAGGAAAGGAAACGAUGUGCUGAUGAAUAUUCAAUAUUAUGGCAGAAAAAUUGGAAAGCCUUUAGAAAACAUUAUUAUUUCUGAUUGUGGUGAAUAUGAAAUGAAAGAAUAAAUUGAAAAAGUUCCAUUA